AUGAGCCAGCUAUUCUUGAUCAAGAUGAAAGAAUUCAUGACAGGAAAUAUGAUGCCUAUAAGAAAAAUUAUAGACGGUCGCGACCAACACGUUCAUACUAACGAAUUCGAAGAUGCAGUUCUGUCGGUGCCAUAUAUCAGUUCCAUAAAAUGGGCGAUUCGAUCACCUGAUUUAACACCAGAUUUUUUUAUGGAGGCAAGAGAUAUUUUGUUAGCAUGUAAUACGAAAAACCAACAGAUAGAGCAUAUUUAUAUGAAAGAAUCUAAUCUACAAUAUCCUGCAAACAUUCAUAGAAGAAUCGAAUAUCAAUUCUCAGAUGUCGAUAAUUUACAGAAACCAUUACAUGAUAUAUCAAAGAUGAUGGAAACUUUCGAUCACAAACUAUCAGAUUUGGAUAAUCUGAAAAAUCAUUUUAAUAUAGUUUACUCUGGGAAACUCCAUAAAAUAAGGAGAAUCUUAUUACAAAGUUUAUAUACCGAUGAAUUAAAUAUUGAAAAACAAAUGGAUUAUGAGUACUGUAAUAUUGCACGCUCCAUAAAGAAUGGAACCAAAAUCAUGAGAAAAAUACAACCAAACAGAAGAUGUGAAAAAAUUAAAUUUACAAUUGGUAUGAUCGUACAUAUUCGAUGUUUAGCGAAACGGUUGGCUUUUUUGCUCAGCGAAAUUAAUUCUCAUACUGGCGUGAUAAUUGGAUGGCAUUAUAAAUGCAACGCUUGGUUCGUAAAAAAAAAGUUGGAUAUUUUUGCGCCACAUCUAAGCGAAUGCUGCGAUACAAAGAAUGAUAGUGACCACUUUUGUAUAUGUAGAUGUCAAAAGAGCAUUUAUAAUACAUAUAUAAGAAAUAACCCACAUUAUAUAAUUCUCGCCGAAAAUAAUAUAUUAUAUUAUUUACCACAAGAUGUUCUAUCAAUAUGUUCGCCUAGAUGGAUCGAUAACGUUGAAAUAGGACGUUAUUUUUCUAAAUUUGAAGAUACUCAUUACGUACCAAAUGAAAGCCUGGCAAAAGAAUAUCCAACUGAUAUGGCUGCUUUUCAUGAAAUACUUCCCAGUAUUCCUCAGCAGUGUGCAUAA